AUGUCAUCAUCUGUUCAUUUCAAGUUCAAGUCCCAAAAAGAGCCCUCCAGGGUAACUUUCGAUGGCACCGGUAUAUCCGUCUUCGAGCUCAAACGAGAGAUUAUCAAUCAGAGUAGGUUGGGUGAUGGAACUGAUUUUGAGCUUUCUGUCUACAAUGAGGAUACUGGAGAAGAGUAUGACGACGACACCAACAUUAUACCGCGAUCAACUUCAGUCAUAGCUCGAAGGUUGCCUGCAUCAAGACCCGGAAAAGGUGGCGCCGCCCGAUAUGUCUCCGGCAAAAUGCCAGUUAAUGCGCGCAGCGCUCCUCGUAAUGAUCAUCAAUCAUUGGCUCGAACUUCCACUCAAAGCCAACCCGUUAGCAACGGCGUUCUCGAACUCAACAAUGCCCAGACCGAAGAGGAAAAGAUUAAUGCCCUUUUCAAUCUGCAGGCGCACCAAUGGAAAGAGCAACAACAGGAAAUGGCGAACGCCACUCCCGUUCCUUUCGGACGCGGAAGGGGUAAGGUCAUACCCGGGGUUUCUCAAGAGCGUCCUAUGCCCCCGGGUUAUAUUUGUUAUCGCUGUCGCGAGAAGGGCCAUUUCAUCCAUGAAUGCCCCACAAACAAUGACCCUAAGUUCGAUGGCAAGUACAGAGUCAAACGGUCAACCGGCAUUCCGCGGUCACUCCAAACCAAAGUAGAGAAGCCCGAGAACCUUGCGUUGGAUGGAUCGAAUGAAGAUUCCAGAAACACCGGCGUCAUGGUGAACGCUGAUGGUGACUUUGUCAUUGCUAAACCGGACAAGGCCGCCUGGGAGUUGUACCAAGAGAAAGCCAAAGCUUCUGCGGCGGCGGCCGCUGAAGCUGCUGCGGCCGAGCACAGCAAAGAGCUUCAAGCACGUGGUCUAGAAUGCCCAAUAGAUAGAAGGAUGUUCUUGGAGCCCACCAAAACGCCAUGCUGUCAGAAAACAUAUUGCAACGAUUGUAUUGCAAAUGCUUUGAUAGAGAGUGAUUUCGUUUGCCCUGGAUGUGGAACAGAGGGCGUUCUUCUCGACAAUCUUUCUGUGGAUGAUGAAGCUAUUACGAAUAUUAAAGAUUACGAAAACGACAAGCUAGAUCAAAAAAAGGAGAGGGAAAAACAGCCGGUGGACCAAGAAACUCAGUCAACCAGCAAAACUUCUAUCCCAGGUCAAACUACGAUGGCAGCAAUUGAGGUUUCGCCUGCCAUGGCCUCAUCCAGCGCAUCAGUAUCUUCCAAGAAACGCCCCGCGGAUGCCGAGCCUAUUGGGACCACCGCCGAAGAUUCGAGCCCAAGCUCUGAGCCCAAGAAACGGAGAACAGGCGACUCUCACAAUAAACCCUCUGGCGAGCCUCCUACUACACAAGCUCAAGAUCUUCCCAACAGCUUCCAAUCGGCGCCUUUUGGUCAGCAAAUGAAUUUUGCCGGACUAGGGUUUGCGCAAAGUCAAGGAAUGCCCGCAAUGCCAUUCUCUGCUCCUGGAUUCACUUCUGAAGGAGCCGGCUUCCUGAACUAUAUGGGCAUGCCUGCAGCCAAUGGAUUCCCGCCAAACAUCAGCCCGGCUUGGAAUUCGAUGAAUGGUGCAAAUUUCAAUCAGCUCCCAGGUGUAAUAUAUGGUGAUCAAAUGGGUGGUUAUGGCCCGCAUAUGUUUGGCAGCGCGGGAGACUCAAGUUUUGCCAUGUUUCCAAUGUCACAGAUGAAUGGGCCACUCCAGGCAAACACUGAAUUUUCACAAGGCCUGGACAUGGGCCAGUUCUCAAAUCAGCAGCGAACCACUUUUAGUACCCCGUUUGCCAGAGAGGAGGACACUGCAUAUUUUCGCCAACCUGUCAACCCACAGAGACACCAGGCAAGACAUCGAAGGACAAGGCCGAGCGACUACCGAGAACUCUGA